AGGAAAUCAAAUACUCUAAAAAAUAAAUUGCAAAAUAGUAUAGUUGAUGAGACAUCCAAGAAUAGAAAGGUGUCCAAGAGAAAUACUACAUGGCACCCCUCUGACACCAAAUCACGAAGAAUCAAGAGCAUGUCCCCUGUGUUAGACUUGGAAAAGGCACACGACAAAAAGCAAAUCACAUUUUUCUCAACACCCAUUAUUCAUGAUCGGCGGAGCACACUCAAGUGAAGAGGGAAGCGACUCAUUUAGCUGACCGUCAGGCUAACUUGGGUUUAGGCUUAGAUCCUCUUUGAGAUGAAAUGCGGAACUCAGAUGAGUAUUCUUGUUUAUAUCGCAAGUCAGGGGAAAGCUUUCAUCAUCACUCUUAGUCUUAGCGGCACUCGUUGGUUCAACAAAAAGAGUAGAGUCAACCUCGAGAAGAAUAAGCGUGGAUGCCACUAUCAAUGUCAGGCAAUACGAUCCCAUAUAGACAACAAAAACCUGCCAAAUUGGGUCUCAAUAUCAAUAUUAUAAUAUAUUUUACCUCAUCAAUGUGCUUAUUUCACAUGCAAAACCCUAGCAGGUCUGGAUUUACCCAAAACCCCGAUAAAUAAGGGUAACCCUUCAUGCCAAGGGUUACAAUUUCUGGCAGAAAAUAAUGGUUAAAAUUUUGGCAAGAACACUCUUGUGAAAAAUACAACAUAACCGAAGAGUUUAAUGAUAUUAACUUAUGGACUAAGAGCAUCUCCAAUAGUGACAUUCUUUAAGAGUGUCAAAAACUUCUACAUCACUUAAAAAUAUAUUUGCGGUAUAACCUCCUUAAGUGGUCAAGUUUUUGCAACUAACCCCCAAUUCUAAAAUUUUGGUGGUAAAACCUCCUAAACUCAACAUCUGUUAGCAAUUAGCCCUUUCCGUCCAUUUUUGGGUGUUAACUGCCAGGUUGGCAUGUCUACGUGUACACAGUAUACACGUGGUACAGUUUAAUUAGUCCACGUAAUAAAUAUUUAAAAUUAUAAUAAAAUUAAUUAUUUUAAAAAUAAAAAAUUUAAAAAAAAUAAUUUUUUUUUCUUUAAAAAUUAAAAAAACAAUUUUAAAAAAAUAAAAAUUAAAAAAAAAACCUAAAUUCCUUAAUUACUCUUUCUCUUCCGCUCCUUUCUUCUUCUUCUUCCUCUAUCUUCAUUUGCAGACAAGACCACCACCACCACCCAUGGCAACUCACCACCGCACCACCCAUGGCAACUCACCACCAUCGCAACCUAGUACCACCAUCUCAACCCAGCAGCACCACCGCAUAAACCCAGCGAAGACCCAAAAACCCCAACCCUCUCUCUCCGCACCCCUCUCCUUAGAUCUGUCUCUUUCUCCCUCACUGCUCUCGGCUCAACGUCGAUGAGCCACCUCCAGUGACGCUGACCAAAAUAGAGACCACUACGAGCCUCCCUAACUAUUUAAACCCCAUUGCCUUAGACAACAAUGACGUCGAUGCAGACGAAUCCGAUUCUUGCAACCCCAACUGGCCAACCUAUCUCUAAACCAUAUGUUCUUACACCACCUUCAAGGCCUUUCGUGUUUCAAAACACAUCAAAUGUUUCCAUUUCUCCACUGCAGUUGCCACCAAUUUCUAGCUCAGUGGACAAUGAAGAAGACACCCCAAAACCAAAGUUGAAGCCUUUACAUUGGGAGAAAGUUAGACCUAACUCUGAUCGUGAAAUGGUGCGGGAUCAACUAAGAUCAAGCCCAUUUAAGUUGAAUGAAGAAAUGAUUGAGACAUUGUUUGCUGUGAACACCCCUAAUUCAAGACCAAAGGAGGGAAGCUUGAGAUUGAUUCGAAGAAGAAGAAGAAGAAGAAGAAGAAGAAGAAGAAGAAGAAGGCUUGACAGAGAGAGAAUGAGAAGAAGAGUGGGAAUGGGUUAGGGUUAUUAGGGUUUUUUUUUAAUUUUUAUUUUUUUAAAAUUGUUUUUUAAUUUUUAAAGAAAUUUUUUUUAUUAUUUUUAAAAUAAUAAAUUUUUUUAUUUUUUUAAAUAUUUAUUUACGUGUACCAAUAAAAUUGUGCCACGUGUACACUGUGUACACGUGGACAUUCCACCAUGGCAGUUAACAGCUAAAAAUGGAUGGAAGUGUUAAUUUUCUAACAGAACACAAGUUUAGGAGGUUUUACCCCCAAAAUUUUAGAAUUGGGGGUUAGUUGUAAAAGCCUGGCCACUUAAAAAGGUUAUGCCGCAAAUUACUCAUUAUUUUAUUUUAUCUAUCUUCUACAUUAUUUUUGGUACUUUUUAUUUUAAAAUAAUCCAAU